GCAGGGGGCGUUCCCGGUGUGUCCGUGCUCUGUCCUCUUUCUGCUCACUCUGCGGUCCCUCUGCUCGGUCCCUCUUCUCUCCUGCGGAUCACUCGGGGCUCAAACCUGCCUCACGAUGGUGAAAAUAAGCGCGGUGCAGACUCGGCCGUACACGGACCAGAAGCCCGGGACCAGCGGGCUCCGGAAAAGAGUCACGGUGUUUCAACAGAACCAGAACUACGCAGAGAACUUCAUUCAGAGCAUCAUCUCUGUGAUCGAGCCCCGGGACAGACAGGAGGCCGCGCUGGUGGUGGGAGGAGACGGGAGGUUCUUCAUGAAGGAGGCCAUUCAGCUCAUCGUCCAGAUCUCUGCGGCCAAUGGGAUCGGGACCCUGGUGAUUGGUCAGAAUGGCAUCAUGUCAACUCCAGCCGUCUCUUGUGUGAUCCGUAAAAUAAAGGCAGUGGGUGGGAUUAUCCUCACUGCGAGUCACAAUCCCGGAGGCCCCAAUGGGGACUUUGGCAUCAAGUACAACAUCUCCAGUGGAGGCCCUGCUCCCGAAGGCAUCACAAACAAAAUCUAUGAAAUCAGCAAAAGUCUGCAGGAGUAUCACAUCUGUCCAGAUCUGAAAGUCGACAUUUCCAAAAUUGGCAAGCAAACAUUUGAGGUUGACGGCUUCAAACCGUUUACAGUUGAGAUCGUGGACUCUGUCGAGGCUUAUGCUGAGAUGCUCAGAGGAAUAUUUGACUUUGCUGCACUGAAGGAGCUUCUGUCUGGACCAAACCACAUCAACGUGCGUCUGGAUGCAAUGCAUGGAGUGGUUGGUCCUUACGUCAAGAAGAUCGUCUGUGAAGAGCUGGGUUCUCCUGCCAAUUCUGCCGUCAACUGUGUCCCUCAAGAAGAUUUCGGAGGUCACCACCCAGACCCCAACUUAACCUACGCAGCUGAUUUAGUCAAUACAAUGAAAGGAGGAGAGUACGACUUUGGAGCAGCGUUUGACGGUGAUGGUGACCGUAACAUGGUGCUAGGUAAACAUGGCUUUUUCGUGAAUCCGUCUGACUCCGUGGCCGUCAUUGCCGCCAACAUCACCGGCAUUCCUUAUUUCCAGAAGACGGGGGUCAAAGGUCUGGCCAGGAGUAUGCCAACGAGUGGUGCGCUGGACAAUGUGGCAAAGGCUUUGAAGAUGCAGCUGUACGAGACCCCCACCGGCUGGAAGUUCUUUGGGAAUUUGAUGGAUGCUGGAAAACUUUCACUUUGUGGUGAAGAGAGCUUUGGAACGGGCUCUGAUCAUAUCCGGGAGAAGGACGGGCUGUGGGCGGUGUUGGCGUGGCUGUCCAUUUUAGCCACGAGGAAACAGAGCGUUGAAGACAUCAUGAAGGAUCAUUGGCACAAGUUUGGGAGAAAUUUCUUCACCAGGUACGAUUAUGAGGAGGUUGACUCUGAUGCUGCCAACAAAAUGAUGAAGGAUCUGGAGACCACCAUGUUUGACCCCGCCUACAUCGGCAAGAAGUUUUCGUCAGGAGGCAAGACUUACGAGGUGGCCAUCGCAGACAACUUUGCCUACACAGACCCAGUGGAUGGAAGUGUGUCCAAAAAUCAGGGUCUUAGGAUCAUUUUCUCUGACGGUUCCAGGAUUAUUUUCCGUCUGAGUGGCACAGGCAGCGCAGGGGCCACCAUCCGCCUCUACAUCGACAGCUAUGAGAAAGACCCUCAGAAGAUUUACCAAGACCCCCAGGUGAUGCUGGCGCCCCUGGUGGACAUUGCCCUGAAUGUCUCUCAGCUUCACGAGCGCACUGGACGCACUGGCCCCACAGUGAUCACAUGAUCCAUCACCACAGCAACAGGAUGCCUCUUCCCCCGGGGUGAACGCUGUCUCGGCUUCAGACACUGGUGCUCUAGUUCUAAUAUGACCACAGAAAUAACUGAUAUA